AUGCGCCUUCUGCGCGUUACCGAUCUUGCCUUUCAAGAGGUGCCAUCUCAUGAACCCUUCCCAAAGUACGCCAUUCUUUCGCACACAUGGAUGACGCCCAACAGCCAGGAAGUUACGUUUCAGAAUCUUGAGAGACGAGAUACCAGCGGCUACGAAGGAAAGCCAGGUUGGCGGAAGAUCAAAGGCCUGAUCGAGCGAGCCCGCUGUGAUGCCAUCGAAUACGUGUGGGUCGACACAUGCUGCAUCGAUCAGACGGAUCCUACCGAGCUGACCGAGGCGGUCAACUGUAUGUUUCAAUGGUACCAAAGCUCAUCCGUCUGCUACGUAUAUCUGUCAGACGUCGAGCUCGAAGCAGAUCUGGAUACAGUACCCGGGCCUCAAUCGACUUCGUUUCUAGCUGCGCUUGAGCAAGCACUACGAGGAUGCACCUGA